AUGGACGACUAUCACGGCUCAUCACCUUUCAAUGGCGAUUUUGAUUUUUACGCUGAAAAUUUAUUUCAAAAUUUUAACGAAUCGACUGAUGAUCUCAUGAAUCUGAACUAUACAUUUGUGUUAGAGAGCGAAGCAGACGUGACAGAGAGACGGAUCGUACCCCUGGUGUUUCUAGUAAUAUUCAUCGUUGGUAUUUUGGGAAACGCCAUGGUGAUUUUUGUGUUUUUACGUAAUAAGGCCUUUCGGACAAUUACUAACAUAUAUUUACUGAACUUGGCGGUAGUGGACUUGCUUUAUCUAUGCCUGUGUGUGCCUUUUACUGCCGUGUUUUACUGGAUAUCCUACUGGCCCUUCGGAAAUACGCUUUGUAAACUAGCAUCCUACCUCAUGGUUUGUUGUAUGUCUCUUCACGUGAUGACCUUGACAGCUAUAGGCAUUGACCGUUACAUGGCAGUUGUUCAUCCUGUUAUGUCAAGAACAUUGAGAACGAAAAACAGGACGCUCCGUAUCCUUGUUGCUAUUUGGUUCAUUUCUAUCACCGCAUUUUCACCCGUAAUCAGGAUUACCCGGGAGAUUGUGUCGUUUAAGACGUUUUGUAUGGAAACUCUCGAGAAAGCUCAAAUGAAAAUAUACGUUACAAUGCUAUUCAUUUUCAUGUAUGCCAUACCGCUGUUCAUCUUGGGAUUCUGCUACAUCGAAAUAGCCAGGAAAAUGAGAACAAUUUCUUCGGUAGGACUACGAUUUAAUCAAAUGCGCAUAGCGACCAUUCAAACAAGACAGAGAAUCCUAAAGGUGUUUUUUGUCGUGACCUUGACCUUUGCUAUUUGCUGGCUUCCAUUACACGUGGCAGCCAUUAUGGAUGGUUUUGGAAUGACAAACAAUCAAUUUUUGUACUAUGUGAAAAUUUACUCGCCUUGUUUUUCCUAUUCUACUACAGCAACGAAUCCCGUCAUUUACUGCUUCGUAAGUAAAACUUUCAGAAAAUUUUGUAAGGCAACCUUUAUCUGUGAAAACGUUAAUAUAAAUACGAUGUUGUUUGGUGAAGAAGGAGAAGUGAUGUCCAACUUACCACGAACUCGUAGACGAGAACAGCGGGAACUCCUUUCUUUGCCUCCCAGAAGAGACAAUGUAAAUGGUAGGCAACCAUUAUUUAUUACAGUUCGUCCAGCAGACUUGCUUUACACACAGACGUGA